CACAUUUGAAUGGAAAAUUAUGAAAAUUUUGAUAAAAUAGGCGAAGGCACUUAUGGUGUUGUAUACAAAGCUAAAAAUAAAAAAACUGGAGAAUAUGUGGCAUUAAAAAAGAUACGAAUCGAUAGUGAGAGUGAAGGCGUUCCUAGCACUGCAAUUAGAGAAAUAUCUAUACUUAAAGAACUUGAUCAUCCAAAUAUUGUGAGAUUAUAUGAUGUUAUUAUAACUGAAACCAAACUCUACCUUGUAUUUGAAUAUUUGGAAAUUGAUUUAAAAAAGUUUUUAGAAGAAUCUUCAAAUAUGCUAUCCAUAUCAUUAACUAAAAGUUUUAUAUGGCAAUUAUUAAAAGCCAUUGCAUUUUGUCAUGCACAUCGAAUAUUACACAGGGAUUUAAAACCACAAAAUUUAUUAAUAAAUUCCUUUGGUUCAAUUAAAUUAGCUGAUUUUGGUUUGGCCCGGUCAUUUGGGUUCCCUCUACAAAAAUACACACAUGAAAUAAUCACAUUAUGGUAUCGUGCUCCUGAGAUAUUAUUAGGCACUAGUAAAUAUUCAACUUCAGUUGAUAUUUGGAGUUUGGGAUGCAUUUUUGCAGAGAUGUUAAACCAUAAACCAUUAUUCCCUGGUGAUUCAGAAAUUGAUCAAUUAUUUAGAAUAUUUAGAACCCUAGGAACACCUGAUAAUAAUAUGUGGCCUGGUAUUAACAACCUACCUGAUUUUAAAUCGACAUUUCCUAAAUGGACAACAAAAGAUAUCAAUUCAAUUGUACCAGAUUUAGAUCUAGAUGGUGUUGAUUUAUUAACUAAGAUGCUGGUUUACCAUCCAAAUAAACGUAUUUCUGCAAAAAUGGCAUUAGGACAUAGAUAUUUUACAGAUGUGAAAACCUUACCUAUCCAAAUUAGAUAAAAACAUGUUGCAU